GGCGGAGAGAGGCCCUCAUCCAGCAGUGGAUUGACGAGGGCUGGACACAUGCAUCAGCACCUAUCUGCCCAUUGCAGCCAAGAACCCGCGAGACACGGGGUCACUUGACUGCCAGAGCCCAGCAGCUGUCCAUGGUUCUGAAGAUCAAUUUUAAUAGCAAUGCCCUUUAUCCAGCAAAGCCUAACCAAGUCUCAAUGUUCUUAAUAUGAGGGUCCUACAUUGAGAUCUUUGGCUAUUUCCAUAGAUGUUUGGAUGUGGGAGGAAAUCUAUGCGCCCGGAGGAAACCCACGUAUUCGAGGUGACAUUAAACGAUCUGCACAUGGAUUCACGAAUCUAUUAUUGUACUGCCAUCGCCUGGCCAUGUCCAGUCCCUGGAGCUGUCCAUGGUUCUGAAUGUGUUGCUGUCCGUGGUGCUGGGAUUAGUAUCACUAUCGAUCAUGGAUAUUGAUCACCAAGUGAAACUGAUUUCUGACUGAUAACUAAUGCAUUCAGGUAUAUAUCAAGCAAUUAUCACUAAUCUCCAAUUAAUGCCGAUUUCCAAUCAGAUCUCCAUUGCAUGUAUACAGUCAUAACUUAUAUGCCAUCGGCAAUAUUAACAAGGUGCCCCUGUAGGUCACCUGCGGUGCUGCAUGAGACGCUUGUUCUGAGUUGGACGCAGGGCCCUGCUCCUGUUAUACUGGGCAUCAUGGUGGCGCUAAGCAGACACCGUGACGCCAGGAGACACAGUGGUACCCUAAAGGAGACGCUGGGCCCGAGAGGACAAGGAUUAUUCUUUGAGACACCCACUGCCCCAUAAGGAGACGUCGUGUCCCUGAGAUGGGGGUCCCGAAGGAGCCGCCGCCGUGGCCCACAGCGCCGCCUGCUGGCCGUGCUUCCGCUCUCCACGCGGCUCCAGGCUUCUCUCCGUGCGGGGUCCGGGGCCGCGGUUCGGGGCUGUGGGGCCCGAGGGAGGCGAAGAUGUUCUACGCGCACUUUGUGCUGAGUAAGCGCGGGCCCCUGGCCAAGAUCUGGCUCGCCGCUCACUGGGACAAGAAGCUGACCAAGGCGCACGUGUUCGAGUGCAACCUUGAGAGCAGCAUCGAGAGCAUCAUCUCCCCCAAGGUGAAGAUGGCGCUCCGUACCUCGGGGCACCUGUUACUGGGCGUCGUGAGGAUCUACAGCCGCAAGGCCAAGUAUCUGUUAGCCGACUGCAACGAGGCCUUCCUCAAGAUCAAGAUGGCCUUCAGACCAGGAGUGGUCGACCUGCCGGAAGAGAACAGGGAGGCUGCCUACAACGCCAUUACUCUCCCCGAGGAGUUCCACGACUUCGACCAGCCACUCCCCGACCUGGGGGACUUGGACAUCGCGCACCAGUUCACAAUGAACCAGAGUCGGGCGGAGGAGAUCACGAUGCGCGAGGAGGUCGGCAACAUCACCAUCAUCCAGGAUGACGGCUUCGGAGACUUUGGAGUGGACGAGCGGGAGAUGAUGCGCGAGGGGGGUGCCGCCUUCGAGGUGGACAUCCUGUCGGCGAGCGCGGACUUCCUGCUGGACCCCGAGCGGGGGACGGGGUCCCCGGGGCGGGGGGCCGAGCCCCCGGCGCGGGCGGAGGGGGCCCCCUCGUUCGAGGGCCCCCCCCGAGACGAUUCGCUCGGGGGGGGCGGAGGCAGCGGGGGAAUCCUGGACGAUAAUCUUCUGCGUGGGGACGGGGGUGGGAUUUUCGACGACCCGCCGGCUCUCCCCGAUGGGGACGUGGAUCUGCCCGAGGACCCCGGCCAUGAGGACAUCUCGAGCGACGGAUCCCCCGGCGGGCCCCCUGACAGUCCGGGUUCCAUGGGGGACGUGGAGCCACUGCUGCCGGUCGCCGCUCAGCAAACAACGCUGGAUGCGAGCGAGACGGACGCCUUCGCGCUGGAGCCCAUCGACGUGACGGUGAACGUGACGAAGGCGAAGCGCAAGAGGAAGCUGAUCGUGGACAGCGUGAAGGAGCUGGACAGCAAGACAAUCCGCGCGCAGCUCAGCGACUACUCGGACAUCGUGACAUCGCUCGACCUCGCACCGCCCACCAAGAAGCUGAUGCUGUGGAAGGAGACGGGCGGUGUGGACAAGCUGUACUCGCUACCCGCACAGCCGCUCUGGAGCAGCCGCCUCCUGCGGCUGUUCACGCGCUGCCUGGUCCCCGUGGUCCCCGAGGAGCUGCGCCGGCGGCAGUGGAAGGGGGGGGAGGCGGACGGCCUCCACGACUUUCUGCGCGAGUGCGACCUGCCCGAUGUGCCGGCCCCCGACAAGCCUCACACGGUCCAGGCCGCGGCGGACGGGGCAACUCUGCCUCGCGAGGAGCCGGGCCCCCCGAGGGAUGGGGAUCCCCCGCUUGGGGAUGGUGCCCCCCCUCUGGGAGAUGCCCCCCCAACGGAGGUGGACGGGGCCCCCGGAAAGGCGGCCCCCGGAGAGGCGGCCCCCGGAGAGGCGGCCCCCGGAGAGGCAGCCCCCGGAGAGGCGGCUGCGGCCCCGGACGAGCCUUCGGCGCAGGGCGAACCCCCGGCCCGGCUGCCUACAGAGACCGUGAUUGAUGCGGGGGAGGGGGAGGCCCCGCCACCAGCCCCGGUGGCCCUCCUCGAGGUCCCUCCCCUGGAUGAGGCGACGUCGGUGGCGGCUGGGGGAGCAACGGCCGCCCCCCCAGCCCCCGGCGAGUCCGGCGAUGCUGCUGCUGCGGCUCCAGAGGAGGCGGCGGGGCCCCCCGCAGAGGGGGCUCAGGAGGAGGGGCGCAAGAAGAUCCAGGAGGAGGAGGAAGAGGAGGAGCUCCUGGGAGCUGAGACCCAGGAGCAGGAGGAGAAGAGGCUCAACAAAAGGACCCAGCAGCUCCUCUACACCCUGCAGCGAGCGAUGGCGAGGUCCGGUGCCGCCUCGGUGCAGCUGCUGGAGCUAUGCGGCCACAGCUCGCGCAAGCAGGCCGCCACACGCUUCUACAGCCUCCUCGUGCUCAAAAAGCAGCAGGCCGUGCAGCUGCAGCAAGGCUGCCCUUUCGGGGACAUCGCUGUCUCGCCGGGGCCCAACUUCCACCUCAUCAUCUAAGCCAGGGCCCCACAGGGGCCCCGGUGACGUGGGUUCUGUCUCGCUCGGCACGGAGGGCCCGGUGUGUGGCCACGCCGUGGGGACGUAGGGACGCGUAGGCAAUGCUCUGGGUUCGUCGAGGAGGCUCCUUGUGUGGGGUGACGAGGUGAUGGAGGUGUGGGGUGACGAGGAGAUGGAGGUGUGGGGUGACGAGGUGAUGGAGGUGUGGGGUGACGAGGAGAUGGACGUGUGGGGUGACGAGGUGAUGGAGGAGUGGGAUGACGAGGUGAUUGAGGUAUAAGGUGAUGAGGUGAUGGAGGUGUGAGUGGACCUGUAAUAGGAGGUACAGGUGGUGUGUGAUGAGGGGAGGAGUGAUUCAUUAAGAUGUAAAGGAGCGUGGCAAGCAGCACCACUCACCUCAUCUCACCUCCUCACACCAGUGGCCGAGAGCUCGCGUUGUUUUUGUGUAAAGAUUUUACGAGAAGUUAUUUUUUUAAACAAUUCUCAUGAUUAAUACUUCCCCGUGUUCCCACAUGUGCCGUUUAGGGUUCAACAUUUUUACAUCGUAGAUUUAACUCUCGCAAGACGACCAGAGCAGGGGCGCGGGGAGCAGAGGGGAUUCACGUCGAGGCCUCGUGUUGUCUGGAUGAGGUAAGGGUGAGGUCUCGAUGAGGCCUCUUGCUGUUUGAGUGAUAUAUUUGUGAGGCAUUGGCGAGGAGGCCCCGCGUCCUCUGCUCUGAUCGUUGGUGUGGUCGGUGCCGUCGCUGUCAUCGUUAAGAGGUCACGUUUGUGGUAACGGGGGUUGCCAUCGCGGGUUUAGUCUUCACGUCCAUGUACGUGGAUGUGUGUGUGUACAUGUGUGUACGUGCAUGUGUACGUCCGUCUACGUGUAUAUAGUUAGUGCAGCGGUUGUCGCUUUGCACUUCGAACCUGGCAACCCGAGUGUGACCAUUAUCUAAACCGGUCCUGGGCCUCCCUUAGGUCGACUUAACCUCAAAUUGGUUCCUGGUGUGAUGCGUAAACAUCAACAUUGGGUUGGCCAGGUGUGGUGCUGACCACCCACCCCCUCGUGUGCCGUGCCGGUCUUCAUAGGUGCUCGCUAACAGCACUUGCCCUAACGGAGUGUUAAAGGCUAUGCGGGGAUGUUUGUAUUUAUACUGC